UCGAAUUGUCGCUUUUCCACAGAAUUGAAUUUUCAAGUAAAGGUGUUUUCAAGUAAAGCUUCAAGAGCUCGAAAGAAAAAUAGAAAAGUAUUUUCAAAGAAAAGAAGAUUAUUCGAGACAUACCAAUCAUAAUAUCUUGUGAGAUAUUUUGUGGAUAUUCUUAAAACAUUUCUGGCGAUGACCCUGAAGAUACUUCCGCGGAGGUGUGAACCAUCACGAAAUUCUUGAAGAGGUUGAGCGUUUAAAGUAACCACGUAGAUAAAACUUCCACUACGCCUCAGAUGAAACCAAUUCUUUACAGGCGUUCCGGAAGGAUCUUCGCAAUCUCACUGCGCGCACUUACUCCACUGAAAGUUUCCCACCUCACAGCAACUCCCGUGAAAAUGCGGAGAAUCGCGGAAAUCCUGUUCGUAAACAACUUGAAAACAUCUCUCGUAAAAUAAAAAUUUAUUUCACCGUGAAAAUAUAAAUCGCAUCAAUACAAAAAUAUUCUCUUUGGAAUUUGCUUAAAGGGAAAAAUUCCGUAAAUUAUACAAGAAAACUAUCUCAGAAUCUCUGCAAUAAAAGUUAUCAAGAAAGUUAUCUGCAUCAAGUAGUAAAAGAAACAUUGAGAAAAUUCAGAAGCCGUGAAAUUAUCAGUGAAGUUUUUAAGACUCUCAAAGAUAGAACUAUCAGUUUUCCGAUUUCCACGACCAAUAUACAGGUAGAUUUAGUUUUUAAAAAUCUGCGAUCGUAAGCUCUCCGAGCUGAAAGAAGUUUCGUCAUAAGGCGCGCGAUGCAUCGGGCACGAAGGAGUUUCGAAAAAGCAAGUGAGAAGUCCUGGGAAUUUUAGGCAACGGAGAAGAAGACGGAAGCCGAAGAUCACCAAGCCGAGAAUCACACGAGAGCGAAGGAAAAAGAGAGGAGGGAAUUGCGAAUAACAGGCAGAGGCGAGGAAACGCUCCAGGAAUGCCGUGGAUAAAGUGUUUGGGUGGUGGAGGCGGGAAGGCCAGGAGGGGCAAGCCACUCAGCGUCAGUCAACCGAUCCACCUGCUUGUCAAGAGUGACUUUGAACCCCAAUGUCACGUGUUCCGCACCAAGCAAUUGCGCAAACCACGACCAUGUCAUUUGUGCCACCAGGCGGUGAUCAAGCAAGCUUCCUGCUGCAGAGUGUGCAAGUACAUCUGCCACAAGACAUGUGAGGACAAGGGCGCGCGGUUCCGAGAUACGUCCCAGCAAAUUCAUAAACAAUGGCAAGCCGAUCCAGCAAGGGCAUUUCCAACGGUUGGUGGCGUUACUACAAAUUCGCCUUCGCCGGCAUCGGGAGAGCUCUCUACGCCAAAUUCCACUCCCAGCCCUAGUCCUAGUCCGACUAAUCAUCAAAUUACGCACAAUGGCGGUUACGAAUCACAACCGAAAAAUGUUAACCACAUCACGAGAAGUAAGCAGCAAGUGCAGACAUCAGCAAUGGUGUCAACACCUGCGAGAACUCCGGGCGUCGGCGCGGAUUCAACGAUGACGGGAUCAGGAAAGGGCGGAGGUCGCGUAACGGAGGUGAUGGAGCUCUGUUACGUCACCGAGAGAAUCAUCGCCCUUUGGUAUAGAGAGGAUGCUCAGGGUGUCCUCGAACAUGCCACCACCCUUCUACGCGGGAAGGAUAUCUCGUGCUUCCAGAUCUUUAAUUUGUCAUCGCCCGGCCGACCCGGUGAGCCAAAUACGAGGGAAGCUGGAUGGCCGCAGGGAUUAGCGCCAAGUUUGGAGAGACUGUGUGCUCUCUGCAAGGAGCUGGACUCCUGGCUAAACGGCGCUUCUAAUCGCGUCGUUGUUCUGCAUGCCAGGGGCAGCAAGGAGCGGCUGGGUGUGGCAGUGUCUGCUUAUAUGAACUACAGCAGCAUCUGCGGGGGACGCGAUCAAGCAUUGGACAGGUUCGCCAUGAGAAGGUUCCUCGAUGACAAGAUCGGAUCGCUGCAGGUUCCAUCGCAUCGAAGAUACAUCGAGUACUUUAGCGGACUACUGUCAGGCUCUUUGAGGAUCAGCCAGUCGCCAUUGUACCUGACCCAUCUAACAGUCCUUGGAGUGCCGCUCUUUGAGCCGACGGGCUGUCGAGCCUUUCUUAAAGUAUACGAAGGACUUACACCGGUUUACACUUCGGAUCUGUACUCAGUAACGAACGCGCGUGAAUUUACAGUUAAUCUUGGCGGACUUCGAUUGAGAGGCGACAUCUUGGUCAAGUGCUAUCAUAGGGUAUACUCGAAGCAGACUCGAGAAGUUAUGUUUUCCCUCCAGUUUCACACGUGCAUAAUUACGGAGAACGUCGUCUCCUUCCCGCGAUCGGAGCUCGAUGUCGCUUGCGACGAUCCUCGAUGCCCACCCGACAGCGUGGUGACACUUUACUUCGCCACCGACGCGAAACGUCAGGACGGCCCAAUCCCAGCGCCGACACCCGCCGUGCCGCAUGCAUCAGCGCAUAACGAUCCCAUCUUGCAUUGGGACAGCUACACGAAUCUCGAGAUAAGUGACGACGAAGGUCGUGAGACUCCACUGUCACCACCACCUCCUUCGAGUUCUUCGGUUCAGACUUCACCUCGUGGCUUGGGUUAUACCUGCGGUCCUAUAGAUGGGUCCUUGUACGCCGUGGUGCAUCAGAGCGCUGCAGGAGGUGCUCGUGGCUCGCCAUUGACGGUUUCUAUGGAUAGUGGCAUAAGUAGUGCACCACCGCAGAGACCCAGCCCACCAGAACCCGAGCCAGAAAAUCAAGCUCACGGAGAUCUCGACAAACUUCUUCAUGAUAUGAUGCUUACAGUCGAGUCUAUGCCAGAUCCUCCGACAGAUGAUUACAAUCGCGACCGAAGUGAGAAGAUGUACAUUCAGGAAUCACGCAGCUAUAGCAGUCACGGCAGCAGCCAUCCAACGUCUACUUAUUCCACAUUGAAAGAUUCCUACAGGAGUUACGGAGCCGGUAAAGAAUCAAGUCCACCCUACAAUUCAAGCAGCAGUUACAGCACUCUGAAGAACGAGUACAGAGAUUCAUCAAAGAGCAUCGAGCAUCGUGAUUUCGAGUAUCGCAUGUCUCCAGAUCGGAAAAUAUCUGAAUCUUCCGACUCCUAUAGGAAACAGACGGAUUCUUUCUCGCCGCCUGGUAACAUCGAUUUCAUCGACGAGGACAUCCCAUAUCACGCCAGGCAGACCAGCCAACCGUUCUCAUAUGGUGCUACUACCGACAUGAUAAAGCAUCAGAAAUUGUCAUCGCCUUCGUUAGUGAGGAAGGCGUCUGUGCGAGGUGUAGCGCCCGUCGUAGAUUUCGAGGACAUUCUUGGCGAGAAUUCUAGAAGACCCAUGAGCCCUCUUAGUCCGAAUACUCCGGAUCCACCGCCGGAAUUCGCAAACGGACCUGUGAAAAGUGGAUCUGAUCAUAUUGAUGGUUUGUCGUGGCUGAGACAGCAGCAAUUGAAACUCGCCGCUAGGAGAGAUGAAAGGAGCCCGGGUAAGCUUUGGCGACAAGAGACCGGAAAUCGUGUCAUCGGCGAGCUUAGGAGCUUGCAGAAAGGAAGAUUGAGACACGAUGGUUACGCGAGCGAUUCGGCAGUCCUCGAUGACGAUGAGGAUGGAUGGACAGCGAAUUCCGUUUCCGGACAACCGUCGUCGAGAGCUGUUCCGUACACCUCCGCACCAGCUAGUCCUCUACUUCCGCAGAGAUCGAGUAGCCGGAAGUAUAACGGCAGUACCGGAAAUGGUGUUCUCGGCAGACCGCGAGCGGAGAGUAUGAACGAACGACCGUUUGUUUCUGUAAAGCGUGCUUAUGAAUACCGCAAGUAUGACAGUCAGAGCCCUCCGUCAUCCCCUCGCUCAGCCUUAGCAGCCGUGGCACCCUUAGGGUUCGCGGCGAACCAGCAAUCGAGUUCCAGUAACGCCGAAAGGUCGCAACAUCAGCAGCAACCGCCGCGACCGGAGUCGCGCAGCGACAGUUUCGCGCGCACGGAUGCAUUGCUGCGCGAGCAUCGCCAUCAUCAAUUGCAAUCCGGUGUCAUCAACAGCGUCAGCAACGAUCAUUCCGAGCAGAAGCAGAUAAUCGCGAUUCAGGAAUACGCUACAUCUAGUCGAAAUUCACGGCCCGAAUCGAGGAAUCGCGUUACUUAUCAGAGCGUUGGAAGUUACAGUUCGACCAGCAGCAACGAUCAAGUGGACGCCGGAUUAUUGGCAGUGGUCGAUCAACCUGACCCUCUCGUGAGCCUCAUUCAAUCUCUAGCCGAGAUCUCGCCAAUUCGCGCGUCCCCGAGCAUGACAAAAACCGAGAACGAACAUCCUGGCGGCAGCAAUACAAUAGCAGCCGCUACAAUAUCUACCAGUGUACCUAGCAACAAUGUCACUAAUUGCUCCUCUAACCAGUCACCAAAAGCAUGGCAGAAUUGCACCCAGCCGCACAAUGACUUGGCAUCAUCGUGGACCGAGAGAAGUGUCAGUCCCGGGAGCGCGGUCGUUAGCGGUGCAUCGCGACCGCAGACACCAGCGUUUCCGGUCCAUCCACGGACGCCGUACGUCAAUAACGCAUCACCAACGGUGACGUUCGCCAGCGAUCGCACCUAUGUGACGUCCAACAAUAGCUACAAUGUCAGCAACAACAAUAACAAUGAGGCUAGCGGAAAUAAUAACAACUAUGGCGCUGAACGAACGAUAUAUAUCGAAGAACGAAGGGAAGUCUCGAAGGAGACGGGACUUCCACCCAAGAGUCCGACAACACAGCGACGCUUGAGUUUCCCGACAAGCGGGCCGCUUAAACAAACGCAUAACAAACGAUGGCCGCUCACUAACCAAUCGGCAUCGUUCGACUAUAGUAAGGACCGACCUGUUUCUCCUGUAAGCGAAUCGACGAUGUCGCAGCCGCAGGCUGUUUCGCGCAGUCCUGGAACACCGACUCACGUAGAAUUCGCCCAAAGCCCUAAGAGUGCUACGUCAUAUACGUCGAUCAACAGUGGAGGUCAAUCUUCGCCGCAAGUUCAAUAUUAUAAUUCGAGACGCUCCAGUGUUCACUCGAACACCGAGCCCCAAGAAGUAGCCGAUGUUAACGUGAAAUUUGUACGCGACACUAGUAGAAUAUGGUAUAAACCUAAUAUAUCGCGGGAGCAAGCAAUCUCUAUGCUGAAGGAUGCAACACCCGGCACAUUCGUAGUGCGAGACAGCAACUCGUUUCCGGGUGCCUUCGGUCUGGCGUUGAAAGUAGCUACGCCACCUCCUGGUGCGCCCAGUAGUCCGCGAGAUCCUUCGAGCGAGCUCGUUAGGCACUUCUUGAUCGAACCAACAUCGCGCGGUGUCAGGCUGAAAGGAUGUGCAAACGAACCUGUCUUCAGCUCACUCUCGGCCCUAGUUUACCAGCAUAGCUUGAUGGCCAUGGCAUUACCUUGCCAACUGCUGCUACCCGAACCGGAGGCAGCUGCCAGAGCUUUAGACUCACCUGGUACCAAUAGCACUCAGCAGCUUCUCGCUCAAGGAGCAGCUUGUAAUGUUUUGUAUCUCUUUACAAUUGACACGGAGUCCUUAACCGGGCCACAAGCCAUCAAGAAAGCUAUCACCAAUCUAUUCGAGCAAAAGCCUUUACCGGUCGCCACAAUUGUUCACUUCAAAGUCUCCACGCAGGGUAUUACUUUGACUGAUAAUGCAAGAAAGCUAUUUUUCCGUCGACAUUAUCCCACAAAUAAUAUAAGUUAUUGCGGAUUGGACUCUGAAGAACGCACAUGGGACUUCUCCAAUGAAGAUACCGGAAGAUCUCUUAGCGCUCAUCGCUGUUUCGGCUUCGUGGCAAGGAAACCCGCUCAUAAAUUGGACAAUCAAUGUCACGUGUUCGCCGAAUUGGAACCAGAGCAACCCGCCACGGCCAUCGUAAACUUCGUAAACAAAGUCAUGAUGGGAAACUCCAUCGCCAAAGCUAACAUCGUUUAAAAAUUAUUACUUGCUCGCCGCAAUCGCCAAGACUAACGGGCACAAACAUCAUCGUGAAUUCGUUAAUGGUUUUGUCUUUAAAGUCAAUACCGACACAUAUCUUUAGCGCAAAAAAAAUGCGAAGUCCAAUUAAGGACAAAACGACUGAGAAGUUGGGGAUAACGGAAAGAAUGAUCGAUAUAAUUGAUUCAUGAAAUCGUUAUUCUGCUGACACGCGGAGGACAUACGUGGAUCCUUUUAAAAGAUCCGCUGGAAAUGGUUGCACGAAUUAAUCAUUAUCAUUAACCGAUUACUCGUAAUAAGUCUUCGUGCAUUUCGUAGCGUUGAAUCAGUAGAACAUUCAUGUUGAAAACAGUAGGGAUGAUAUAAUUAUCGAUAACGCUGGGAAGAGGUCGAGGAUCGCUCUCUUUGGAAGAGAAUUCGAGGAGAACGAGAAGCGAUACGUGAAUCGAUUCCAUCCUCGCGUCAAUAUGCAGUCAAGAUAAGAAAGUUGUUGUUGAUUAUCGUUACUGUUGUGAUUUAACGUAGCGAAUAGUGAAGCUAUAAUGUGUAUGGUUUAAGAAGGGUA